AUGGUGCAAACCUAUCGAUCACCCGUCCGCAUCUACAAACACCCGUUUGAAAUUGUCAUGGCGGCGUAUGAGAUGCGUUUUCCAACGUGUCCACAAAUUCCAAUUUUCGUCGGCUCCGAAGUCACGUAUGAGUAUAAUAGUCCGGACGGUGCCGAAUGGGUGAUUGAGCGCAAAUGUCAGCUAAACGUUGACGCGCCAUAUUUGGUGAAGAAAAUCGCCGGCGUUGAUUACGUGUAUUUCACACAGAAAAAUUCGCUCGAUCGCCGAAAUCGAACGCUGAACAUCGAGGCGACGAAUAUCUCAUUCUCGACGCGAAUCGACAUCAAAGAGAAUUGCACAUACUAUGUGCACGCCGAGAACGAUGAUUGGACGUGUUUCGAGCAAUCGGCGUCGCUCGACGUGAAAAGCUUCUUCGGCUUCGAGGCGGCCGUCGAGAAGUUGGCGGUGAAACAGUAUGCGGCGAAUUUGGCGAAGGGCAAAGAGAUUCUCGAGUAUUUCAUCGAGGAGCUCCUCAAAAAAACGCAACACAUUGAACGAUGGAAGCCGCCGGCGGCGACGACGACGACGACGAGCGACGAUGAGCAACACAUCGAAUGCCGCGAAUCCGACGACACGGUGAUUGUCGAGAAGACGCGACCGCCGCCGUUGGCCGCGUGCAAAUCGAUGAGCGUCAACGAUGAGUUGAAGACGGCGCGUGGAGCUCAAUGUUUUGAUGAUGCUGAUUCGAAACUCGAAGCUGAAUAUAUUCGAAGAUUCUUGGGACAAUUGAAUCCAUUGGAGGAGUCGAGACUCUGCGAGCUCAAAUAUAGCCUUCAGAAUCAUCAUAAAGGAAAACUACCCAAUGACGCGCAUUUGUUGCGGUUUUUGCGCGCUCGCGACUUUGACGUCGGCAAAGCGAAAGACAUGGUCCACGCUAGCAUCAUCUGGAGGAAGCAGCACAACGUUGACAAGAUUCUUGAGGAAUGGAAGCCGCCGGCGAUCAUCAAACAAUACUUUCCCGGCUGCUGGCACAAUUCCGACAACCAGGGCCGCCCGUUGUUUCUCCUUCGUUUGGGACUCGUCGACACGAAGGGAAUGGUGCGCGCGUGCGGCGUCGAGAAUCUCGUCAAACUGACGCUGUCGGUGUGCGAGGACGGGCUUCAGCGCGCCGCCGACGCGACGCGAAAACUCGGCGCGCCGAUAUCGUCGUGGAGUCUGCUCGUCGAUCUCGACGGCCUCUCGAUGCGACACCUAUGGCGUCCCGGCGUCCAAUGCCUAUUGAAAAUCAUUGAGAUCGUCGAGGCCAACUAUCCGGAAACGAUGGGACAGGUGUUGGUGGUCCGCGCGCCGCGCGUGUUUCCCGUAUUGUGGACGCUCAUCUCGCCGUUCAUUGAUGAGAAGACGCGAAAGAAAUUCAUGAUAAGCGGCGUUGGCGGCGGCAAUUUGAAGGACGAACUCAAGAAGCAUAUCGAUGAGGCCUAUAUUCCCGAUUUUCUCGGUGGCUCGUGCCUACCGAUAAACAUGGGAAUCGGUGGACACGUUCCCAAAUCGUUGUAUCUUCCCGUCGACGAGCAAGACGGCGCCUCGUCGUCCACCGACGAUCCCCUUCAUUCGAUCUACACGACGGCGGUGAUCAGUCGCGGAUGUCCCGCCGAAGUUGUGAUUCCCGUCGAGACGCCGGGAAGCGUUUUGACGUGGGACUUCGAUGUGCUGAAGAGCGAUUGCGAGUUCACCGUGUUCCAUACGACGAAGCGAAUCGAGGCGAAAACCGAAGCGCCGCACUCGCCGACGACACAUCUGAAUCCGGUUGAGAUGGUGUCGGCGGCGAUUGGCACCCAUCAGCAUCCGACGAUUCAGUGCGCGCCCGAACUCAAAACGGGAACGCCGGAAUUGAGUGUCGAAGAGAAAACGGUUCUUUUCCAAGAGGGUGACUCAAUGCAGGGAUCUCAUUACUGUAGUCGCGUCGGGACCUAUAUAAUGCAGUGGAGGGCGCCGGAGGCCGGCGCGCAACAUUCGUCAUUCGAUUUUGGGAUGCACAAAUGCAAAUUGAUGUAUUAUUAUGAGAUAUUGAAUUCGGAUGACUUUAGAGGGUCCGUCGCCUCGCUUGAAUCGUGCCGCAGCUCAUCGUUCAGCUCGAUUGCGCCGCCGAGCCCACAAUCAUCCGGAACGCCGUCGAUUGUUAAAAAAUGA